AUGGCAUUUGCAAGGCUUUGUGAAAGUGAUGGUUAUAAGCUUUGUGGAGUUCAUCGGGACCUAGCUACUCCGGAGACGACAUGGGAAGUCCCGGCAUCCGAGGGCUCAUAUUUCCGUGAUCAUCGUCAAUGGUUGAGAACGGCAACCAAUUCCAAAGAAUGUCGAAAAACGGACUAG